GAAAGGGUCCUGUACUUCUUGGGAAACUGAAGCAGUGACUGAGACACAUUCUCAGUUAUUCUCUCCCUCUCUGUCUAACUUUUUCUCUGUUUUAAGGGAGAUAUUUUUCCAUGCAUUAAGAGGCAAUUGAUAAGGCAAGACCUCUGGGUAUGUGACAGGGCAAGAGCAUAACUGGAGGACCUUUAUCCAAACUUUGGCUACAUAUUUAUACUGAGCAGUCACGCAGUCAGCAUGCACUGGAAUGCAGCUCUUCAGUGCGCUGGGCUCUGGGUAAUUUUCAGUUUAGUGGCUGGUCGCCUGACUGAGGAGCAGAAAUUAACCAUCAUGAACAUGCACAACGAACUCCGAUCACAGGUUCAUCCCAGCGCUGCCUUCAUGCAGAGAGUGGUGUGGGAUGAGAAACUGCGUUUGGAGGCGGAAGCAUACGCAUCAAAAUGUAUCUGGAAUCACAACCCUCGACUUAAGCAGCUUUCUAUGGGAGAUAAUCUCUUUUCCAGCACUGAGCCAUUUAAUGCAACCAAAGCAAUGCUGGACUGGUUUGGAGAGCAUGUGGAUUAUAACUAUGAAAACAAUGCCUGUCCUGAAGAAAUGACGUGUCGCCAUUACACUCAGAUGGUGUGGGCGAAAAGCAACAAACUUGGCUGUGCUACUUAUUUAUGUAACACCAUUACGGGUCUGAGUAGUGAAAAUAGGACUCUACUUGUCUGCAAUUACUUCCCUCGAGGAAAUGUUGUGGGACAAAGACCAUAUGAGUCUGGAGAAGCAUGCUCAAAGUGUCCAGACAACUUACCAGUGUGUGAGGAGAAGAUCUGUGUGGCUGAGAACUUGUUUUCAUCAGAGGAGCCAGUGUCUGAGGACACAGAACAUUCGACUGUCUCACCUGAGGAUCCGCUCACUAUAAAGGAGCACACCACUGCUCCUGUAGAGCCCACAAAGGUGCGCAAGAGAAUGGACGAGUCAAGUGUGGAAAGAGAGAUGUCUGGUUCAGAGAUACAGAAAGCCUCUGCUCCUCUUCUGCUGGCCGUCUGGCUGCUGGCAGCUCUCAUUUAGUGAGGGUUUGGAAUAAAUGAAAUCCUUCUGCACCUGACAUACAAAACACAAUGUUGUGACAUACACUUAAACACAAAACAAACAUGCAAAUGUUUUCAAGGUGUGUUCCCAGUUUAAAGGUGAAGUAUGUAUUCUCUGUGCCACUAUCGACUCGGCUUUCAAAUGGGUUUACAGAAAACUUCCCCCAUAUCCGGUUGGACAAACAGUUAGUUCUGCCCCAAACUAAAGCCAUUCAGCCAAUAUUCUUACAUCGAGCUGCUUGAGAUACUCAAACAAACAGAGCAAUGUUUUGAUAGCAUUACAAAACCACAGUAUUUGGGGAAGUCAACCUAAAAAUUGUUUACUUAUACUCGACUAUGCAAAUUGAGCUAGAGUAGGAGAAAGUAUUUUAACAUCAACACAUUACACUACACUACAAAGUGCGAUAUGACUGCACUUCUUUUAUCUUUACAAAAACGACCAAAUGACAAAAUGCCAAUAAGACUGACAGAAUUGUAUUAUAUUGUUUGAGCAUAAAUAGCAGAACUAAGUACAACACUUGAUUUCUUUAAGGGUUUCCAAAAGGCUUAAAGGGAUAGUUCACCCAAAAAUGGAAAUUCUCUCAUCAUUUACUCAUCCUCAUGCCAUCCCAGAUAUGUAUAACUUCCUUUUUUCUGCUGAACACAAAUUAAGAUUUACAAAAGAAUAUCUCAGCUCUGUUGGUCCUCACAAUGUAAGAUGGCAGCUUUCGAAACACUGCUUCACAAAAAAACCUUUAAAAAUCAUUUGUUUCAACCAAUGACUCGGUUGUGUAUCAAACCGGUCAAGUCACGUGAUUUCAGCAAACGAGUCUUCGUUACGUCACACUGUUCCUAAACAGUUUCCAAAUGUUUUCCGGUUACACUAAGGGGCGUCGAUCCUACAGUGAAACACCGAAUCAGUGUUAAAUGCAGGCUGUAACUGUUCUGGAGUCAGUUCAGCAAUAACUUCCGGUUGAUAAAAUCAGAAAGUUUCAAAGAAGACUUGCUGAUUUGAAUUCAGUCAUUUUAAUUUCCCUGUCAAUCAACUUGUAGCUGUGUUCCCAAAGGAAAGAAAACCAAAAUGUUGUAUUUGUGAGAAAGACAUUUAUUUUAAUAUUUUGUGACAUUAUUUAUUUGUUUUACUAAAGGUGAAUCUGGAAUUUCAACUAUUGUACACAGGGCUGGACUGGGAAGAUAAAUCGGCCCAGGAUUUUUCAUAGCAACUGGCCCAAAAGUUGUCGGGGGGGGGGGUUGGGGAUGCUGUGCAUACCGCGGCACCAUUUUGUGGUCCAUUCUGUGUAACGCGGUGGCUCAUUUUAGCUUAUCGCGCCCCAUUCGGCCCGUUUCGCGGCCGAAUCACCGGCCUGCUCGGUUCUCCCAAUGGCCAGUCCGCCCCUGAUCGGCCCCAAAGUGUGUCGGCCCACUGGGAAAUGCCCGCUAUGCCAGAUUACCAGUCCAGACUUGAUUGUACAUGAUAAUGCACUUUCACAUUUUUUAUGUAGUACACCCAAAUAUAAAGCACUAGAUUGCUGCAUAGAGUAGUGGUUAAUGUAAAAGUAACCCAUAUGACUCCAGUGGUUCAAUCCAUGUCUUCAGAAGUGAUAUGAUAGGUGUGGGUGAGAAACAGAUCAAUAUUUAAGUCCUUUGUUACUAUAAAUCUCCACUGUCAUUUCCACAUUCUUCUUCUUGUGUUUAUGGCGAUUUACAUUUGUUAUGCAUAUCGCCAUCUACUGGGCAGGAAACCCACACCUGUCAUGUCACUUCAGUUUGCCUUUAUGUGCUUUUUGGACCUCCAAAAUUUUGAUACUCAUUCGCUUGCAUUGUGUGGACCUACAGAGCUGAAAUAUUCUUCUAAAAAUCUUCAUUUGUGUUCUGCAGAAGAGAGAAAGUCAUGGCAUGAGUGUGAGUAAAUGAUGAGAGAAUUUACAUUUUUGGGUGAACUGUCCCUUUAAAAGACAUAUUUGAAAAACGCAAAUCGUACUGGGAGGAGUUUGAGAUUUGGUCUUAUUAGCCAGAUAACUCAAAGCAUGUACAACUGAGUUUUCCUCACAUGCUUUGGGUGAAAUUCCUAUUGGUUUCUCUUUAAAUUGAACCUCUCUUUUCAUUCAACGCCAGCUAUUUAUUGAAACAAAGCCAGGAUAAAAUCUUUUCUUAUGGUUUUUAGAAGUGGCCAUUUUCAGAUCAUCUAUUCAUCUCAAUGUUUUCAGGUUUACUGUAAGGGAAAUGAGUGUUGCCUCAUUAUUCUCAUAGCUUGAAUUUAAACGGUUUGUGUAGCAUUUGAUGCAGCAGACAUAAUGCAUGACAAUCAUGCUUUUAUAUAUGCAUCGUUUUAUAGUUAAUAAUUGAAGAACUAUUACAUUUGUACAAAGCCAGAUCAGUUGUAUCACUUGCAAAUGUCCUGAAUAUGACAUGUAUUUUAUGUAUAUUUAUCUAUUCACUUUGUAAAUGCCAUUUAUGUUGUGUUAAAUUCAACGGCUUGUGGAAGAAAUGUGAAGGGAAAAACUGGAAUAGAAAAGCAUAAUAGUUUAUUUAGAAUGAUAUAAUAAAUAAUAUGACUAUUACACCCCUAUCCAUGUGUUAGCCAUUAGU